UUGGCGAGGAAGGACCGUCGGAGGAGCAGCCCAAGGACAAGUACCACCUAGGAAAAUAGGUGGGACAAGCAACUGCUGGGAUCUGGAUGAAAUGAAACCGAAGAAAUCCGCCUUCGCCAAUACAUCCACUGGAUACGGCAGAAACAAGCACAGCGGACACGGCAAAGGACACUCCCACGGCCAAGGACAUUCCGGCAAGGAUAAAGCCGACGGCAAGGCAAAGACCCGGGAGCCCAAGGACCAGAAUGAACAGAAGGUGGAGGACAAGGAUCUGAAUUCCGGUUUCGGCGACUAUCUUCGCACACCGGAGGCAUUUGAGAUGAUGAAAUUGUUUGUCUUCGCCAAUACUAUUAUGUUAAUUGUGACUAUGGCAUGGCCGCAUAUCAAGGAGCAAUUCUAUAUGAUUAAUCAGUGGAUAGAAAGUUUCCGCGAAGAGCAGCAGCAGUGA